AUGGCUCUUCAACAAGUCCUGGUCGUUGCAUUGCUGUUUGCUGCUACUCUUUGGAGUGUACCUGCCGAAGGGGUGGAUCUAAACAAACUGUGUGAAGGUGUCCGAUUUGGCACCUUUGCCCAUCCCGACGAUUGCCGACAGUACGUAAUGUGCGUUCUCUGGAACCCGGUUGUGCUAUCCUGUCCCGGCGGGUACGUCUUCCAACCGGAGGUACAGUUUUGUGUUCAAGAAUCGCAGUAUCAGUGCAAUACUGAGGUAACAUCCGGUCCAGAGGAGACAACUACUACCUCCACUACACCGGAACCAACCACUUCCGUGCCCGAGUGUGUGCACCGUCCAUCGUGGGAAUCAUUCUUCUGUGACAGUGCACGCCGUGCGCUCGUGGCAAACCCGAUGAACUGUACCCAGUACAUCCGCUGUCAGCUGGAGGUCCCGGCGAAUCAGCAUUGCCCUGCCGGAACCGUCUUCAACGACCUCUAUCAGGACUGUUUUCCUAGAGAGCACGAGACGUGCACGUUGGCCAGCGUUCGGGAGGAUUACUGUGUCAGCCGUGCCGACGGUAGCUAUGCCCAUCCGUUCCUGUGCAAUCGCUUCGUCACGUGCGUCCAGCAGCAGCUACGGCUCGAAUCGUGCCCACCGUUCUUCGUGUUCAGCCCAACGGUAGCGCACUGUGUGAAGGGAAGUGCCGUCGACUGCUCGAGUCUGUUGAAUUAG